CUUGACACUCCUGUCUAGAAUUUUGACACAUUUCAGCUGUUGGGGUUGUAGGAUAUGGGGGCCGCGCCGUAAAAAAUAAAUAUUUCCAAAAAUGGAUCAAAACGGGGCCGAAUCCGAAGCUCCCGCCGAUGAAAAAGUAUGUCGAACGAAAGUAGUCAUCGUCGGUGCAGGCAUGGCCGGUCUGUCAGCUGCCUACCAUUUAUCCAUGAACAAUUUUAAGGAUUUUAAAGUGUUGGAGGCGCGAGGGCGUAUUGGAGGACGGAUUGUUCAGAUACCGAUGGGCAGCGAGAAGGUUGAAUUAGGUGCUAACUGGAUUCAUGGAGUUCUAGGUAAUCCUGUGUAUGAACUAGCAAUGCAACAUGGACUAGUGGAUAUAAUGGCUUACCCAAAACCACACAAGGUCAUCGCAGCAACUGAACAAGGCAAACAAGUUCCAUUCCAAACCCUGAAUGAAAUCUACGAAGCUUACCUGUGUUUCCUGAGACGAUGCGAAGAAUAUUUCAUUUCACAAUACUCACCACCAGAUGGCAUUGACAGCGUUGGUGAGCACAUCAAACUUGAGAUGACCCUAUAUUUACACAAAAUAGCCAACCCUGCGGAAAGACAUUUACGAGAACUGCUUUUUGACUGUCUGCUGAAAAGAGAAACCUGCAUUUCUGGUUGUGAUGACAUGAAUGAAAUUGACCUUCUGGAGUUAGGUAGCUAUACUGAGCUCCAAGGAGGAAACAUUGUACUGCCUAAGGGAUACAGUUCAAUUUUGGAACCACUCAAAAAAGCCAUUCCCGAGGAAAAUCUGUUGGUGAGGAGAGCGGUGAAGACUAUUAAGUGGAAUUCUGGGAAAAAGUCAAGUCGAGCGAAUACGAGUAGCGAAAAAGAAUCAGCUGACAGUGAUUCGGGUGACUCUGAUAGAACUGUCGUCGACUGUACAACCAGUCGCGAGUCAAGUUGUGAAAAGACGUUAGAUAAGCAUGACGUAGAAGUGAUAUGUGAGAAUGGCGAGAGGUAUUUAGCUGACCAUGUGAUAUGUACAUUACCUUUAGGAGUUUUGAAGCUUAGUGCAAAAGACAUGUUUAAACCUUCUUUACCUGUAUAUAAGUUGGAGGCCAUUGAUAGGUUACUAUUUGGAACUGUAGAUAAAAUCUUACUUGAAUAUGAAAGACCUUUUCUCAACCCGAGUAUAACAGAAGUAUUAUUUUUAUGGGAAAACGAUUUUGACAAGAAUGACAUUAGCAAGAACUGGUACAAAAAGAUAUAUUCAUUCUCGAAAGUUACCGAUACAAUAGUUUUGGGUUGGAUAUCGGGUAAAGAAGCGGAAUAUAUGGAAACAUUGCCAAAUGAUGUUAUUAUGGACACGUGUACAAUGAUUUUGAGGAAGUUCUUGAACGACCCCUUCAUUCCAAAGCCAAAGAACUGUGUUUGCACUAGCUGGCACAGUCAGCCUUUCACAAGAGGUUCUUAUACAGCCAUAGCAGUAGGAGCGUCACAAUUAGAUAUAGAAUAUCUAGCACAACCAAUUUACAAAGACGAAAAAGAAAUCAAGCCUGUAAUGUUAUUUGCUGGCGAACACACACACAGCAACUUUUACUCAACAGUGCAUGGUGCGUACUUGAGCGGUCGUACUUCCGCGCAGAUCGUCAUGACAGCUGAGGAACCGAAAGAAAUCGUAGUUGACUGUGAGGACGCGACAGACCUCAGUUCGUGGGUGCAGGGCAUUUGUCUAGAAUAGGUUUUUAUUCAACAGUUUGUAAAAAGGCUUAUUUAAAAGUAUGUGUCCACAUGUCCGCAUCGCACCAACCAUUUUAAGUAUUUGCGUACCUGGCAGAAUAAAAAUGAACUCACACAGUCGAUAUAGUAGAUGGUGAUGAUAAGAAAAUUUGCUGCCCUCCGUUCUGCAAGCACGUAAACUUUCACUAAAACCUGUUCCUUGUCCCUUAGAAAAAUUCCUGCGGGCGCCCAUUGACACACUUUUAUUAAAUAACAAUUUGAUGCAGACCUGUGAACGCAUACCUCAAUUGGAUGGUCCUAUCUGAUCAUCAAUCUGUUAAUUGAUUUAUGAAUUGUCAAAUAACAAGGUACUGGUACCACAGAGAAACUUCCAAUAAUGGAGCAGAACUAUGUUUUUUAGAACGAGAAAUUUAUAAAUAUAUCCACAAAAUACAAACUGUUGGGGUUGUCCUUUAAUAGUAAUUUGCUUAAAUAUUCUUAACAAACACGGUUUUUACAGAAGUAUUUAACGCAUGGUAUACCUAUUGGUGAACAAAAAGAACAAUAGAAGAGUAAUGUAAAUUGUUUAUAACUUAAAAAUAAAUUUUAUUUUUUGGGUGGUUCUAUUUAUGUGCAAGAUUAAAAGUAGUUAGAUCAGAGACAAUCACAGGAUAGGCUCCAGAAGUUUGUGCCUGUGAAAUAUUUUUUACAAUGAUUUGACAUCAAAGAUCUAACUUGUAAAAAGAAUUUUGGUAACUUAUUGCAUAAAAAAAAACCUCAUCAGUUGGUGGAGUAUAAAAAUUGAAUUAUUCUUUUUUCAAUUAUUUAUAAGCUGUAUUAGUAUUUGUAGUGCAAAUUUUCACUGUUGAUAUUUUGAAUAUGUUUUAAAGAAGCAGAUUUCAUUGAAAAUUUGUCACAAACAUUGAUUUUUUUGUUAAUCAGCACUGCUCAAAUGCAAACAAUCCUUGUUGUAUUAUAACACCAUUCACAAAUGAAAAGGAGUCGCGUAUUUUUAAGUUUAAACUUGACUGCUGAAAUGUUUUAUUAAAUUCAUUUAUAUUCUGUAUUAAAACUCGAAAAUCAGUGCAAAAGUCUACAGACAUAUCUAAUAAUUCAUUUCAAAAGUGUUCACUACUGGAUAUAGUAGAACAUUUCAUUAGUCUAAAGCAGUAUUUUGGUUACUGUAUAUAGUAUCACAACCUACAGUUUCUUAUGCUUAAGAAGUAUUUGUUACCUUUAUAUUGUUAAUUUUUGUAAGUAAAAUGCUUAUGCUAGUCAUUUUGGAGUAUAUUGUUUUAAUAAACAAACAAAAC